AUGACCUCACCAGAAUGUAAAACCGCUGUAUACUCCACUGUGGAUAACGUGGAUAUCGCGCUGGACUUCACUCUACCUUCAGCCGCUGGACCCAAUCACAGAGUUCCAAUUCUCCUCUGGUUUCAUGGUGGUGGUCUCCUACAGGGUACUCGAAAAGGUAUUUGGCCACACCUUCGUAAUGCACCAGAAAAGCAUGGAUUGUGUCUUGUCUCAGCAGAUUAUCGACUAGCUCCUCAAACUAGACUUCCUGGAAUCAUGGCUGACCUGGUAUCCAUCAUGGCCUAUCUGAGAUCACCUGCUUUCUCAUCUAUCACCGGCGAUUCUGUCGAUCAGUCAAAGAUCAUCGUAAGCGGAGGAUCUGCAGGUGGAUGGCUAGCACUUUUGAUAGGUUCCGGUGUUGGAUUUAGGGCUUGUGGUUUACAGCCACCAGAAAAGCCAUUGGCGAUUGCCCCAAUCUAUCCUAUAACUGAUCUGUUAAACCCUUUCUGGAUCACAAAACAGCAUCCGGUCUCAUAUUAUCCUAGAAUCAUUGAUCGUUCCGAACUUGAGCCAUAUCUGGAUCCACAUGCGGAAGUUACCAGCUUUUCUACCCUUGAUAGCCCGAGAGCAAAAUUCUAUCAUUACAUGGAUCUUCUCCUAGAGAGUACAGGUAUAGAUCCCAAAGAGUUCGGCAUCGCUCCAGCUAUCGCUUCUGAAGAGUACACUAUCCCACCGAUGUAUAUCGUUCAUGGCUCUAUCGAUGACAAGGUACCAAUCCAGCAGUCAAUCGAUGUCGUAAACGCAUGCGAAUCUCGCGGUCUGCCUGUAACUUUUGAUAAUAUCGACGGUGCAGAUCACCUUUUCGACAUGGAUGAGAAAUACACAAUGGAUAACAUGUACAGCUUCAUAGACUCUGUAAUCAAAGGCUGA